AUGCCUCCCUCGGUCGCCUCCGUCUCCGCUACCUCCGCUGCACACUCCUUCGCCGACAGUCAACCGAGAAAACGUCGGCGUUCUAAGGAACCGGAUUGGAAGAAUUUCUAUAAAAAUGGCUUACCAAAAGAAGUCAUUGUAAUACAUGACACGCCCGAACCGGAGGAAAAGAAGCAUUCGGUCGCUACCGUGUCACGAACAUAUACGAAUGGUGGUGGUGGUGGAAAUGACACUACCACUCGUCAUGCAGCCAAGAGACGAAGAAAGGACGAAGUUGUUCAAAAUGAUGAUUUAUACGAACCAAGUGUAAAUGGUUCUUACCAGCACACCUCCACUAGCGGUUCUACUUCUACCGAUCGCACGACGUCGGCCCAUAACACUACAGCUGCUACUUCGCUUGGGUCGCUGUCUUCGAACAGUCAAUAUGACUAUGAAAGUCACAAUACUGGUCAGAAGAGGAAGAGGACCAGGCAACAGAUUGCUCAGGAAGCAAAGAGACGGGAAGUUGAGGUUCUCGGUGAUACCUUCGUCGCAUACCGCCCUCCUCAGAAGCCUGUCAAGAAAGCCGGUGAUGUGACUGUUAGGGUUGUUAAUGAUGUAAGCGAUCUCCAAUUCUCGCAUCUGUGCAGCGGUGCUCGAGUUGACGACGACGACGGUCAUUAUAUUGUUGUUCCAGAUGCUGAUCUCACAAAUCAAUAUCAAAUGAUAAAAUUGUUGGGUCAAGGCACGUUUGGCAAAGUUGUUCAGGCUCGUGACCGCAGAAGAAACAAGUUGGUCGCAAUCAAAAUUAUCCGAGCCGUGCAGAAGUACCGAGAUGCCUCUAGAAUUGAGCUUCGUGUUCUUCAAACUUUGAAGGCAAACGACGAGGAGAACCGGAACCGAUGUAUACACCUUCGAGACUGUUUCGACUACCGCGGACACAUUUGUAUCGUGAUGGACUUACUGGGCUCAAGCGUAUUCGACUUUCUUAAAAGCAACAACUUUGUUCCUUUCCCUAACAGUCAGAUUCAAAGCUUUGCUCGACAAUUAUUCACUAGCGUUGCCUUCCUUCACGAUCUAAACCUCAUCCACACGGAUUUGAAACCGGAAAAUAUCUUACUUUGUGACAGCGCGUAUCAAACGUUUACUUACAACCGUAGGAUACCUUCGUCGUCUGCGGGCGUAAGUCGACAGGCUACUCAGCGCAAGGUCCUUCUUGACACUGAGAUUCGGCUUAUCGAUUUUGGAUCUGCAACAUUCCAGGAUGAGUAUCAUUCGUCUGUUGUUUCGACUAGGCAUUACCGUGCACCCGAGAUUAUACUUGGGUUAGGCUGGUCUUUCCCCUGCGACAUUUGGAGUAUUGGGUGUAUAUUGGUCGAGUUCUUCACCGGGGACGCUCUCUUCCAGACGCACGAUAAUCUCGAGCAUCUUGCUAUGAUGGAGAAUGUUUGCGAUAGUCGCAUAGAUACUCACCUCGUGCAGGCCGUCAAUAAAAUGGCUACGCGAAGCACAGGCAACGCCGCAUCCAAAUACUUCAAGCGAUUAAAAUUAGAUUAUCCUACUGCGGAAACUACACGAGCGUCCAGGCGCUUUGUAAAAAACAUGAAACGGUUAAGUGAUAUCAUACCGGCUUCAAGUCCCUUUCUUAGAUCCUUCUUGGAUCUCCUCCAGAAGAUUUUCGUUUACGAUCCGGCGAAACGAAUCACGGCUCGGCAAGCUCUUGAGCACGAAUGGUUUCGAGAGCCAGCUAUCCCAGAUGAUGGCACUGAGGCGGCGAAGAUUAGGUUAGAACGUAUGAGAGAGCACGAGUACCAUCGAGGUCCGGUUGCGGGUUAA